AUGUCCGGUGCCGUAUCGCGGUUGUCGGGACUCUUGGGUCAUUUUGUCCCUGGCGCAGAGCAACGGGUGAAUUUCCAUACGCUGUCGCCGACGUUCUUCUUGCCUAGGGCGGCGGCUAUUGAGCCUGAGGCUGAGGCGAUUCAUCACGUUACUGCGAAUAACCAGGUUUUGAGACGGAAUUAUGCCGAGACAGCGGAUCGUGCAAGGGGUCUUGCGUAUUAUCUGAAGAAGCAUGGGUUCAAGAGAGUCGGUGUUCUGUGCCCUAAUACGCCUGCGUUUUUGGAGUCGAUCUUUGGGAUUGCGGCCGCUGGGGCGGUGAAUGUUGCUGUAAAUUAUCGGUUGAAGGAGGACGACAUCGCUUACAUAUUUACGCACUCUGAUGUUGAGGCUAUUAUUGUUGAUCAGGAGUUCCUGUCGCUUCUGCAGAGUUAUCGUGCUUCGAAGCCCAGUAUCCCUAUCAUUGUCGAUACGGAUACGGAUGCUACCGAAGGUCAAUUAUCCGGUCCCUUUGAUGAGGCAGUUUUGGAAGGCCUGGGUUAUGACUUGGAUACGGGGGCCAAAGGUUGGCCUGGGCUCGAGGCCCAGGCUGCUUCCGAAGACGACGUUAUUGCCCUGGCUUAUACCAGCGGCACGACGGCUCGACCAAAGGGUGUCGAGUAUACCCAUCGUAGCUGUUAUCUUGCUGCGAUGGGCAAUGUGGUUGAGUCUGGGCUCAAUUCGCACCAUGAUCGGUGCCGGUAUCUGUGGACUUUGCCCAUGUUUCAUGCUGUUGGGUGGACGUUCCCGUGGGCUGUCACGGCAGUGCGUGGUACCCAUUACUGCUUGCGGAAGAUUGACUACCCGCAGAUCUGGAAUUUACUGAAGCAGGAGCACAUUACGCACUUUAAUGCCGCUCCAACGGUGAAUACCAUGCUCUGCAAUUCUAAGGAGGCGGAGCGGCUGCCCGAGCCUGUUCACGUUACAGUCGCAGCGAGUCCGCCUACGCCUCAUCUCUUUGAGCAAAUGACUAACUUGAACUUACAUCCUGUGCAUGUAUAUGGCAUGACGGAGACAUAUGGGCCGAUCACAAAAGGCUACUACCUGCCUGCAUGGGACAAUCUGCCGCCAAGUGAAAGAUAUAAGAAGAUGGCUAGGCAAGGACAUGGCUUCGUGACUAGUCUACCCGUACGAGUGGUGAAGACGGAUCUUCCCGAGGGAACUAUCGUCGAUGUUAGUCGGGAUGGUAAGGAGAUAGGCGAGAUUGUGUUCGUCGGGAAUAUCUGUGCUCGGGGCUACUACAAAGACCCCGACGCUACGCGGAAACUCUUCGCGGGUGGCGUUCUCCACUCCGGAGACUUGGCUGUAUGGCAUGCCGAUGGCUCGAUCCAGAUCCAAGACCGGGCGAAAGACAUCAUUAUCAGCGGCGGAGAGAAUAUCUCAUCGGUAGCGCUGGAGUCGAUGCUGGUCACCCACCCAGAUAUUCUUGAGGCAGGAGUUGUAGCCGUUCCCGACAGCCACUGGGGAGAACGGCCAAAGGCAUUUGUGACGGUCAAGUCGGGGAAAUCGUUGACUGGUUCAGAGGUGAUCGAUUGGGCGCGAAACGCCAGCGAUAUCAGCAAGUUCAUGAUUCCUCGGGAGGUUGAAAUCGUGGCGGAACUGCCCAAGACUAGUACCGGGAAAGUGAGAAAGAAUAUCCUCCGUGACUGGGCUAAAGGCGCGAACCGAUCAUGA